AUGCCGGCAUCGGCCAGGCGCUUACAGCAAAGGACACCGCGGGACAAGUUUUCUGACAGCCCCCAGUUUACAACCGAUUACUUUGUUUCAUCUGACUAUGAAAUUCCAGAGAUCUGUGAAGUCAGUGGCAUUACAGAAUUCAGCAGAAUCUUUCAACCAUUUGUGCAAAUGCUUGUAUUUUUGAUUGGCUUGUCUGGCAACACCUUGGUUAUCCUUACAUAUGGAUUCUCCCGGAAGGUUAAAUCUAUGACUGACAUCUAUCUCAUUAACCUUGCAAUAGCUGACCUCCUCCAGCUCAUGACACUUCCAUUUUGGACCACCAGUGCUAUAAAUGGCUGGGUAUUUGGCAACGAAAUGUGUAAGGUUGUACAAGGUGUGUUCUCCAUUAACUUCUUUAGCGGAUUCCUGUUUCUAACUUGCAUCAGUGUGGACCGGUAUAUUGAAAUUGUUCUAGCUGUGGAGGCGCAUACAAGGCGCCAAAAAUCCAUCAAACACAGCAAAUGGAUCUCUUUUGUCGUCUGGGUGGCAUCAAGUUUCCUUAGCCUUCCUGAGUUCAUCUACAGUAAGUCAAAAAAUCUAGAUGGUUUUGAAAUCUGUAAAAUGAUCUUUCCAGAAGAGGUCACCAGUACAGUAAAGAGUAUGAGUAACUUCUUUCAAAUUGUCCUUGGCUUCAUUGUUCCUUUCUGUGUGAUGAUUGUGUGCUACUCUGUCAUUAUUAAAACCCUACACUCUUGUAGGAGCUUUGAGAAGCACAAAGCCAUGAAGGUCAUCAUUUCACUUGUCUUAGUGUUCGUGGUCUUCCAACUCCCUUACACGUUAGUCACUUUCAUGGAGACUACUGACUUCAUAGGAAGCAAGCAGAUGAGCUGUGAAGUGAGAAAGCGUAAAGACAUUGCCAUCAUCAUCACCAGCAAUUUGGCAUUUACUAGAUGCUGCAUCAACCCAAUCCUCUAUGCAUUUGUCGGCGUUAAAUUCAGAAAGGACAUAUUGCUCUUGCUGAAGAAUUUUGGAUGCAUUUCCAGAGCAAGUUACAUUAGACACUGUGGAACAAGCAGAAUUUUCAGCACUCCUGCAGCAAUGGAAACCAGUAGUUUUACAUUGUAG